AUAUGUAGUGCGUUACUAUGGCAGCUACUUCAAGAACAGUGACCUGUGGAUCGUCAUGGAAUAUUGCGGAGCCGGAUCAGUUUCUGAUAUCAUUAGAAUACGCAACAAGACGAUAACAGAAGAAGAGAUAGCCGCCAUCCUGUACGCGACUCUGAAGGGUUUGGAGUAUCUUCACUUCAUGAGGAAGAUCCACAGAGACAUUAAAGCAGGAAACAUCCUGCUGAACACGGAGGGUCAGGCCAAACUGGCCGACUUCGGAGUUGCUGGACAACUCACAGACACCAUGGCGAAGAGAAACACGGUGAUUGGCACGCCGUUCUGGAUGGCUCCAGAAGUUAUACAGGAGAUCGGCUACAACUGCGUGGCUGACAUUUGGUCUCUGGGGAUCACAGCUAUAGAGAUGGCUGAGGGGAAGCCGCCCUAUGCUGACAUACACCCGAUGAGGGCCAUCUUCAUGAUUCCAACCAACCCUCCUCCAACGUUUCGGAACCCAGAUCUGUGGUCGAAAUCAUUUGAAGACUUUGUGAGCCAGUGUUUGGUGAAAAACCCAGAAAAAAGGGCGACUGCCACACAGCUGUUACAGCAUGAAUUUAUCAAGUCGGCCAAGCCCAGCAGCAUCCUCAGAGACCUGAUCACAGACGCCAUGGAGAUCAAACUGAAGUUACAGGAGGAGGCAGAGCAGAGGGAACAGGACGCAGAAGAUGACGACAAUUCGGAGGAGGACGAGGUCGACCAGGGGACGAUGGUGCGGACUGGGUCAGGCGACUCCGAUACCAUCCGGGCCGCUGGCUCAUUGGUGGGUUCCCUCGGCGGUACGGCACGGACCAUGAUCGAACACGACGACGGGACCAUGCAGUCACAGCUGGGAACCAUGGUCAUCAACUCUGAUGAUGAGGAUGACAUAGAUGCUGGUACAAUGAAGAGGAGAGAUGAGACGAUGCAGCCAGCGAAGCCAUCCUUCCUCGAGUACUUUGAUCAGAAAGAGAAGGAGGCCAACAGUCACAAUGACGGAGGACGAAGAGGAGACAACAACGCAGACAACCGCAAACUGCCUGGUGAAGGAGAUCUCGAAGUGGUGAGCACGUGGUCGGUGGAGGAGCUGCGGCUCAGACUCGCCUCUCUGGACCCUCAGAUGGAGCAGGAGAUCGAGGAGAUCCGUCAGCGCUACCAGGCCAAGAGGCAGCCCAUCGUGGACGCCAUCGAGGCCAAAAAGCGGCGGCAGCAGAACUUCUGAGGAGCCGUUCGAGCUCGUCACUACAGCAACUGGAUGUUUCUCUCUUCCUCUGCAGCACAGGAUGCUUCUCUCUUUGUAACUGGUCAUUUGACUGGAUGAUCGUUAAACUGAGACCUGAACGACAGAAGCACUUCCCCUGAGCUGUGUGACAGAUGAUUACGUUUGAUUUGAAACACAGAUCUUGUUUCUCUCCCUUUGAGACGACAGACGAGAGUUUUGAUGUCAUCAUCAGCUGAUCUGCAUCCUUGAGUGUCUUUCUGCUUUUUUUUUUUUCUUUCUCGAGCUCGUCUGUGCUGAUUGUGAAGAACCACUGCCCAUCUCCAGGGGGGCACGUGGUCAUUGUAGCUGCAGUUUAUUUGAGGUACGCUUCUUUUAUUUCUGUCCUUCUUCAAACAACGAUGCUGCUCCACUUCUCUGAGUUUCCACUCUGGAUUGUAAAGGUCUAGAAAUUGAUGUUAUGCUUUAGAAAUUUUGAUAAUGAAAAUACUUGAGAAUCCUUGGUUUGUUCCAGCCUUCAUCAGGUUCAUUGUUCUAAACUUUAAAACUUCUCACUUUUAAAGUUGCCUAUGAAACCUUGUUUUCUGUAUCAGGUACAUUUCUAGGUUUACAUUUUUUAAUCUUUUGCCUUAAAACAAAAUGUCGUUAUUUUUAUUUUUCCCGUUUCUGCUCCUUGACUUGAACCCGUCCAAUCACCAGUGAGAGUUCAAUAUAAACAUUUAAUAAAUGGAUUGUAAACAAAAAUAAUGUCGUUGUAAACAGACUUUUUAAAAAAACAAAAAGAUUAGAAAUAAAUUACUUAUUUAUUCUCAUACAUUCAAUAUCUGUUCAUACAGUCGUGUGUCCACAGGAGGAGUAAUAGUUGUUAACAGAUCAUUCGCAUCUACAUAGAACUACAUUAUAAUGUGUUAUAAUUCAAUUUAUUACAUGUUUACAUAUGACAUAUAAAUUCUAGCUGUGGGGACGAGCAGAUGAUAAACGAUUUGGAGCCACAGUAUCAAGAUCGAUGCUUUUUCAUUGACAUUCAGACUUGAAUUUAAAUUUCUAAUGUUCGUAUCAUGCUGCAGACUCAACGUCCUGAACGUUAGUUUAUGCAGCAAAAUGUUUGGAAGUGAAUUUGAUCAGAUGAUAACUUUUCCAUUGGUGUUUUUACUCCAACAUCUUUCUCUUCGUCAGUAAAAGACCUGGGCGGACAUAUUUAUGGCACAGAUUCAACAAAGCUUUUAUUUUGUGGGUUAAAUAUUUUUAAUCUGGCACAGUGGACUCAAUGCUGGCGUCCACCCAGGUCUGAUCUUCUAACAUUCCUCAGAGCAGCUCGGCCGCUUCAGACGUUUCUCAUCGUCCAGCACAGAAGACAAUAAAGGGAUGAGUUAUAUUUUUGUAUGUAGGUUUAAUGGUUACACGGUCAGAGAACAGAUUUGAUCACAGACGUGUGAUUCAGAGUAAAAACUUCUCAGGUCAUAAACUCCUCAGGGGUGUGAAAUAAUGACGAGAGAUUACUGUAGAUUUUCCGGAGUCGUGUCUGUAUUAUGACUCCGCUCUGUUUGUAUAUUGUGACGAGUUUGACCGGUUGAAGGUUUGAGACACUUCUCAGCAGGUUGUUGCUUUUAAAAAAACUCCUCCGCUGGAUUCUCUGUCUUUUUUCCUUUUGUGUUACAAGCUACAGCGAAGUAUCAGGGCCAAGCCGAGAGAUUCAGAGAAUGACUUCGUAAUAUUAUGAUAAUAAAGUUGAAAAUGAAGAGAAAACUGUUGAAAUUUUACAAUAAUAAAGUAUUGAUACUAAAGAGGAGUAAGUUGUAAUUUUAGAAGAAUAAAAAUUGAUAUUACAGGCAUUUGUUUUCUUCAGUAUGGCCCUUAUACUCCGUUGUGAUGAGCAAAGAACGACGGAUUUGAUUUCCUGCCUCAUCUUGCCAUGUUUUCUGUGCGCUGCUGUUUUUGAAGAUCUCAACAUAGAAAUGUUUUUUUCUGACUUUAUUUUUAGCUGAAAUAAAAACAACUGAGUUUGAUUUGGUGCUCACAGUGAACUGUAGUGACGCUUCAGAGGUUUAAUAAGUUUAAUGAGUCGUAAUCACUGGACAACAGAGACAGACAGGAAACUGUUUUCUGCCUUUUUUUAAACGUAUAAACACGUUAUUGUUGUAAAUACACGUCUGAACGCAUCUGUUUGUUCAUUUAACACCUGCAGCAAAAAGAGUUUUAAACUGCAGCAGCUUCUGAGAAUCAGUCAAAUGCUUGAUUUGUUUGAGUCUGACACAUCUGGAAAACAACUGGUAUUUUAACAUUUUGGUUCAUUAUUUUAAAUAACGUGUUGUUCUGUUAUCAGCUUUGUUUUCAGGUAAAGUGUGAAAUGUUCAUAUUCAGAUCGUCGUUGGCUGCAAUAUUUAACUUGAGUCGAGACUCGGAGGUGACAGUGGAGUCGCUCUGAGUCGUCGCUGCCUCUUUGUUUUUCAGGUUUGUUAAUGAUCUGCUGUUCAGUCUCAGUUUCACUCGCUCUCUGUUUCUGAUGUUUCUGAAGUUGAUCUGCCUUAAAGAACGAUGCAGUGCAAGUUUGAGAUCACUGAUGUUUGUUUGCUCGGCUAAUAAAGAAAAACUACGGAAACGUG